CUAAUUUCUCUCGUUCACACGGAACAUUGCUUCCACAUAAUCUUUGAACAUUUCCUCAAUCUUCUCACCUUUACAUACACCUCACACCUUAACAACUUACCAUAAUCAUUGAUUAGCUUGAUUUCCAUCCCACAUUCUUCCCUCACAUUCCGCCCAAUAUGAACGGCGCCCAAUUUACAGACAGAGCCAACAAGGCCUUGCUGGACUCCAGCAGUCUGGCAGAGCAAUACUCUCACUCACAGAUCCUCCCUGUUCAUCUCGCCGUCUCUCUCCUCAACCCUUCUCCCGAUGAAUCCAAAGACCAGCAAGCCCCCGCUCAUCCUUCCCACGAAACCUCCUCCGCCCCUCUCUUCCGCCAGGUCGUCGAACGCGCCCAUGGCGAUCCACAACUCCUGGAACGAUCCCUCAUGAAAAUGCUGGUUCGUCUUCCUUCUCAGGAUCCUCCGCCAGAGACUGUCAGUGUCUCUCCCGCACUUGCCAAGGUCAUCCGGUCGGCUUCCGAACUUUCCAAGACGCAAAAGGAUAGCUAUGUUGCCAUCGACCACCUCAUCCUCUCUGCCGCGCAGGACUCUCAGGUUCAGCGCGCCUUGGCCGAUGCCAACAUUCCCAAUGUCAAGUUGAUCGACAGUGCUGUCCAGCAGAUCCGUGGUACAAAACGGGUCGACUCCAAGACUGCCGAUGCCGAAAGCGAAAAUGAGAACCUGAAGAAAUUCACCAUCGACAUGACUGCUCUGGCCAGAGAGGGAAAGAUUGACCCUGUCAUUGGCCGUGAAGAGGAAAUCCGUCGGGUGAUUCGCAUCCUGAGUCGACGAACCAAGAACAACCCUGUACUCAUCGGUGAACCCGGUGUGGGAAAGACCACCAUCGUCGAAGGCCUGGCUCGUCGUAUCGUGAACGCAGAUAUUCCGGCCAACCUGGCUCAAUGCCGGCUGCUGUCUCUCGAUGUCGGCUCGCUUGUUGCAGGCAGCAAGUAUCGUGGAGAAUUCGAAGAGCGGAUGAAGGGCGUUCUGAAGGAGAUUGAAGAAUCGAAAGACACCAUUGUUCUCUUUGUCGAUGAAAUUCAUUUGCUCAUGGGCGCAGGCUCCAGCGGCGAAGGUGGCAUGGAUGCUGCCAACCUGCUGAAGCCCAUGCUCGCUCGUGGUCAAUUGCACUGCAUCGGUGCGACCACAUUGGGCGAAUACCGCAAAUACAUCGAAAAGGACCAGGCUUUCGAGCGUCGUUUCCAGCAAGUCCUCGUCAAGGAGCCUUCCGUUCCGGAGACCAUCUCCAUCCUGCGUGGUCUCAAGGAGAAGUAUGAAGUGCAUCACGGUGUUAACAUCCUUGACGGUGCUAUCGUGUCCGCUGCCACGCUGGCUGCGCGCUACCUGACCGCACGCCGACUCCCCGACUCGGCAGUUGACCUGAUCGAUGAGGCCGCCGCUGCCGUGCGGGUGACCCGCGAAUCCGAACCCGAAGCGCUAGACAACCUGGAGAGAAAGCUCCGUCAGUUGCAGAUCGAAAUCCACGCUCUUGAGCGCGAGAAGGACGAUGCUUCCAAAGCCCGUCUGGAGGCUGCCAAACAAGAAGCAGCCAACGUCACCGAAGAGCUGCGGCCCAUGCGCGAGAAGUACGAGAGCGAGAAGCAGCGCAGCAAGUCCAUCCAGGACGCCAAGAUCAAGCUCGACUCCCUCAAGGUCAAGCGUGAUGAAGCGGAACGCUCUGGUGACACCCAGACGGCCGCCGAUCUUGAGUACUACGCCAUUCCCGAAACCAAGGCUCUCAUUGAGCGACUUGAGAUCGACCGUGCUAAGGCUGAUGAGGAGCGACGGGCACGCCAGGGCGAUGCCGGCGAAGCUCUGCUCGCGGACGCAGUCGGUCCCGACCAAAUUAACGAAAUUGUCGCUCGUUGGACCGGUAUCCCCGUGACCCGGCUCAAGACCACCGAAAAGGACAAGCUGCUGAACAUGGAGAGAUACCUGGGCAAGAUUGUCGUUGGUCAAAAGGAAGCGGUGACCUCAGUCUCCAACGCCAUCCGACUCCAGCGGUCUGGUCUCAGCAACCCCAACUCACCCCCUAGCUUCCUGUUCUGCGGUCCCUCCGGAACCGGUAAGACCUUGCUGACCAAGGCCCUGGCCGAAUUCCUUUUCGACGACCCCAAGGCCAUGAUCCGCUUCGACAUGUCCGAAUACCAAGAACGCCACUCUUUGAGCCGCAUGAUCGGUGCUCCUCCAGGCUACGUCGGCCACGACGCCGGCGGCCAACUAACCGAGAGCCUGCGCCGCCGACCCUUCUCGAUCCUCCUCUUUGAUGAAGUCGAAAAGGCCGCCAAGGAAGUCCUAACCGUCCUCCUCCAACUCAUGGACGACGGCCGCAUCACCGACGGCCAAGGCAGAAUCGUCGACGCCAAGAACUGCAUCGUAGUCAUGACCUCCAACCUGGGUGCCGAAUUCCUUUCCCGCCCAACCACCAAGGACGGCCGCAUCGACCCUCAAACCCGCGAGCUCGUCAUGGGCGCCCUCCGCGACUACUUCCUCCCUGAAUUCCUCAACCGCAUCUCCAGCACCGUCAUCUUCAACCGUCUCACCAAGCGCGAGAUCCGCAAGAUCGUCGAUCUCCGUCUGGAAGAGGUGCAGCGCCGUCUGGAGAACAAUGACCGCAACGUCAUUAUCCAAUGCUCCGACGAAGUCAAGGAUUACCUCGGCGAAGCAGGUUACUCCCCUGCUUAUGGUGCCCGUCCGCUAGGACGCAUCAUCGAGCGCGAGGUGCUGAACCGUCUGGCGGUGCUCAUUCUGCGCGGUAGCGUGCGUGAUGGUGAAGUCGCGAGGGUGGUCAUGCGUGAAGGCCGCAUUGAUGUCCUUCCUAAUCAUGAGAUUCCGGUCGAUGAGGACCAGGAUAUGAUCGAUGAGGAUGAUGAGGCGUUGGCGGAGAUGGAGGAUGGUAGUGGAGAUAUGGAUUUGUAUGAUGAGUAGGGUGGUUGAUGAGUUGAUGGAAAAGUGAUCGAUUGAUUGAGCGCUUUUUUUUUUUUUACGAUGAGAUGAUGAGAUGAUGAACCUGCUGCUUGAUUUCUUU